AUGUCAUACAGGUUCAGCCAAUCAGAGCACAGCAGCUCGUCUCCACAACGGUUACGCCGUCAGCGGCGGCGACACCGAAAGAAGAACGCUGGGAAGUCUAUGGACCAGGUGAAUGACAUAAACUUCGAGAAUAUGACGAACGACGACGCAGUGAAAGUCCUGAGGGACGUCCUGCACGCGCCGGGACCCAUCACUCUGACUGUGGCCAAGUGCUGGGACCCGAGUCCAAAGAGCGGAUUUUCCCUCCCUCCAAGUGAACCCGUGAGACCCAUUGAUCCUGCCGCCUGGGUCUGUCACACAGCCGCCAUGACAGGACGCCUCACCCCCCACUACUCGGUGCAUGAGGACACGCCUCUGAGUGUGCACAGUGACAUCACGACGGUGGUGGCGGCGAUGACCAAUCAGAGAUCAGGACUGGAAGUACGAGAUCGACUGUGGCUGAAGAUCACCAUCCCCAACGCUUUCAUCGGUUCAGAUGUUGUGGACUGGCUCAUGGCUCAUGUGGAAGGGUUGUGCGACCGUCGUGAGGCUCGACGUUACGCCUCAAACCUUCUGCAGAAAGGAUUCAUCAAACACACCGUCUCCAAACAGAGCUUCAGCGAGCAGUGUUACUAUGGAUUCGGCGAUGUGUGUACAGAACUCGGACUCCUGACCCUGGACCCGGGUGAGUCUCAGACCUCAGACCCAGACUGUCCCGUCCCAAACCCCUAUGGCGCCCCUAGCAGGACAACCAGGAGAGAGGCGGGCAGCCACAGCCACGGAAGUGGUGGAGGGUCAAACUGCAAUGAAAAGCCAAGAGAAGAUGUGGACCAAUCAGAGUGCAGAGACGCACAGCCCCCGCCCCCGGCCUCCAGACAGUCCUUCCGAUUGGCCGUGGGAAACCCCAGCGAGUUCUUUGUAGACGUCAUGUGA